UGCCAUAAAAGAAGAAGAAGAAGAAGAAGAAGAAACGUCUGUUUGAUCCGAAGAGCUCCGUCAGUCCCAGAGGAGACCUGCUGGAUCUGAGAGACCAGGACCAAGAGCGGGAUGGAGGAGGACAACCAGGACCCGGAGCCCCGGAGCAACAACGUCCCCGGAGGACAAACAGCAGGCUCGAGCUCUGAUAGCACCGAUGUUCAGAAACGAAGAGGAGCAGAGGGACUCGGAUGUCACAGCUGCCCAUUCUGUGACAAAUCCUUCACAACAUCUGGAUAUUUGAAGAUUCAUCAGAGAGUUCACACUGGAGAGAAACCGUACAGCUGUGACCACUGUGGGAAAGUUUUCAGUGCAUCAAAUAACCUAAAAAUCCACACACGGAUUCACACUGGAGAGAAACUGUACAGCUGUGACCAAUGUGAGAGUGCUUUUAGUAGAUCUAAUCACUUAGACGUCCACCGCCGUGUUCACACCGGAGAGAAACCGCACUGGUGUGAACAGUGUGGGAAAACUUUCAGUCGAGCUGACAAGUUAGAAAUCCAUCGACGUAUUCACACUGGAGACAAACCCUACUGGUGUGAACAGUGUGGGAAACAUUCAGUAGAUCUGAUUGGCUAAAGAACCACCAACGUGUUCACAUUGAAGAGAAGCCACAUUGGUGUGAACAUUGUGGGAAAACUUUCAUUACAAUUAAUCAGUUAAAGAGGCAUGAACGUGUGCACACUGGAGAGAAACCAUACAAGUGUGAAGAGUGUGGGAAAGCUUAUACUAUGAGCAGUUCCCUUAAAAGUCACAACUGCAUCAAACGUGAUGACAACUGAGGAAGUUUGUGUUGGAAAGUGCUGGAAAGCUGCAGGUUGGAGGGGUUUAUUAUCCAAAUUCAAUAUUCAGUGUAAAUUUA